AUGGCACCGAAAAAAAGGAUAAGUGCAAUCACUAUCGGUAGAUAUAAUUUUAGUGACGGCAGUUAUUAUUGUGGACAAUGGGAUGAGCAACGCUUAGCACAAGGAUUUGGAUGUUGGACUGGAUUGGAAAUGAAAGGAAAAUUUGAAGGAUAUUACAAAGAUGGUCUCGAAAUAACCGGAGCUUACACGUGGCCUAGUGGUGAAAUUUAUAGCGGUCAGUGGCUUUAUGGUCAACGACAUGGUUCUGGCAUACAAAAGUAUAAAACAAGUAUCUAUGCUGGCUGUUGGAAUCAAGGAAAACGAGAUUAUCUAGGAGCGAUUUGGAAUCGAUGUGGAUCCAUUUACUUUGGUACAUGGCAAGAUGGUGAAAAAACAGGAUAUGGUACUGAAGCUUAUUUAGAUGGUAAGAUGGACAGGCUAAAAUAG